CAACUUGCCCCGCCAGUCUCGCGGCUACAACGCCCGCGAAUAGUCGCAGACACGGUUAUUUCGUGUCGCUUUAUUGUCGGUGUUAAAUUGUACCAAAAUUAAUUAGAAAUAGUGUGAUUGCGAAAAAAUAGGCACCAUGGAUCCCGAAGCCUUCUUAGAUUUGGCCAACCAGGUCAUAAAGUUGAAAAUGUUUCCUUAUUUUGAUGUUGCACAUUCUUUACUGUGCGCCUUAGCAGUCAGAGAAGAUUUAGGAUCUGGGGCUCAAGCGUUUUCCCGUAAACAUCCCUUGGCUUGCUGGCUGUCGACAAUGCUGGUUAUCUUCGCGGGCGGCAUGGUGGCGAAUGGCCUGCUCGGCGAACCUAUCCUGGCCCCACUUAAGAACACGCCACAACUUCUCAUUGGGACAGUCACAUGGUAUUUAGUAUUUUACACGCCUUUCGACGUGGGCUAUAAAGUGGCGAAGUUCUUGCCCGUGAAGAUAACAGCGGCCGCUAUGAAAGAAAUCUAUCGCGCGAAGAAAGUUUACGACGGUGUAAGCCACGCCGCCAAACUUUACCCCAACGCUUACAUCAUUAUGGUUAUUGUCGGAACACUGAAGGGCAAUGGUGCUGGCUUUACUAAGCUGAUAGAGCGCUUGGUGCGCGGAGCGUGGACCCCCACCGCUAUGGAAACUAUGCAGCCUAGCUUCUACACGAAGGCGUCUCUGGUGGCUUCAGUUAUCUUUGUCCUGGACAAGAAGACGGAUCUGAUCUCAGCGCCUCAUGCCCUCGUCUAUUUCGGCAUUGUCAUAUUCUUCGUCUACUUUAAGUUGUCAUCAAUUCUGUUGGGCAUACACGAUCCGUUCGUGCCGUUCGAGAAUCUGUUCUGCGCACUGUUCAUGGGCGGCAUCUGGGACUCAUUGGCCAAGUUGCUCGGCAAGGGACAGCCAAAGGAGGAGACCAAGGAUACGAAGAAAACUAAUUAGUGGAUAAGUCGAUGAAAAUACGCCUUCAAUUGACACCGACAAUACAGAUAGCGACGAAUUUUCUGCACGAUUAAAUACAAUUAAGAUGGUUAUAUGUCCUUAUUGUAUUUGAUCGACAACAGAAGAAGAAAAUAUAAAAGUGUUAAAAAAAUUGAAAAAUAUUUAAAACAUUUAAAAAAAUGGCACAACGACCAAUGUUAUAUUUUAUUAAUUUUAAGUUUGACUAGUCAUAAUAUGAUUGUUACAUAAGUUAUACGAGGGAUAUCGUACGAUUUUUACAUUGUGUGUGUUUUUGCACUCUUUUUAAGUUCCUGAUUGUCCAAAGGUUUAUUUUUUAAAGCCAAAAGCCCAGCUUGCCAGUGUUAAAUGAAUGCCAAAUUAGUAUUAAAUAAUUUAAUGCAAUAUUUUAUAAUGACUUAAAUUAAAUAGAUAACACAUUUGAAUUUGCUUACAAUUAUCUGACAUAGUAAAAUAGAUUUAUUUAUUGUAUGUUUAAAUAUUGUGUUAAAAAUAAUUUCGAGCAUUGAAUUUAUAAUUUUAAGAUAAGUUUUAAUAUUCGACCGAAUUACGAUAUUUCCGACUUCCUUUUCAAUAUUUUAGGAUUAUUAAAGUCUGUAAUAAGUUUUUACAAACGUUAGUAACCCUAACACUGCAAACAUGAUUUUAUUUAUUAUCUGUAAAAACGAAACUCCUGAUCAAUCCGCAUGGGUGCAAGCGGUGAGAGACAUCUGUUUCGAUAAUAUUAAAUUUAUUUGUGACCAAUACCUUAAUAAUUUACGAAAAUGUAUUAAUUUUAAAUGACAGUAUUGAUUUAAAUAAUUACAAAGGAAGUAUUAAACUGUUUUUAUUAAA